AUGUCCCCAGAAAAAGGCGAAAACAUCGGCCUCUGCUACCAAUUUUCAAGUAACCCUUGCCAGUAUAAUAACCUGACUUUAAAAGCUGAAGCACAGCAGGGCAGAGGGAUCACAGAAAGCCACCAGCUGUAUGAGACCUCUACUGCCGCAGAUGGUCAGUCAGGGGUCUUAAGACCUGCGGAGGGCAGCGACAGCGAGGUCUACUCCGACUUCUCAGAAGGCCAGGGAGUGGGAACCCACGGUGGGUCGGUAGCCGGCCAGAGGCACCAGCAGCGGCCCUCCCGAGGCCAGCAAGGCUCCGGAUCCUACCAGGUGUAUGAACACAGCGAGGAAGAGUUCGAUUCCAAGCACCAGCACGGUCACCAGCAGGAACAGCAACGCGGACACCAGCACCACGAAGAAAACCAACAGCCUGAGUCCAGCCAUAGGCAGCAGCAGUCCAGUGGGAGAGGGCAGCAGGGAGCCCGCCAGGAACAGGAAAGGGACAGCUCCAGAUCCCGGGGCUCUAACCAAGGGCACAGCUCCUCUCGCCACCAGGCCGAUUCUCCCCGGGUUAGCUCAAGAUCAGGCUCAGGAGGAAGAGGACAGUCCCCCGAUGGCUCCGGCCAUUCUGGAGUCCAGGGCGAAGCCAGGCGAGGGCAGUCCUCAUCUGCCCACAGGAGGGCCGGAUCCAGCUCCGGCUCAGGGGUCCAGGGGACCUCUGCAGGUGGACAGGCAGCUGACGCCUCCCGGCGCUCUGGGGCGCGCCAAGGGCCGCGCAGGCCCAUCCGCUGA